AUGGCUGACACGCUUAUCCAUCCGGACGUUGAGCAGAAUGCCGGCACCAUGGAGCUGAAGGAGAACACCGUGAUCGUUGUCCUCGGAGCCUCUGGCGACCUCGCGAAGAAGAAGACCUUCCCAGCACUCUUCGGCCUGUUCAGAAAUGGCUUCCUGCCUAAGGAUGUCAAGGUCAUUGGAUAUGCCCGAACGAAGAUGGACCACCAAGAGUACCUCAAGAGGGUCAAGUCACACAUCAAGACUCCAACGAAGGAGAUGGAGCAGCAGCUCGACGAGUUCACAAAGUUCACAUCAUACAUCAGCGGCCAAUACGACAAGGACGAGAGCUUCCAAGAGUUGGAGAAGCACCUUCAAGAGCUCGAGAAGGGACAGAAGGAGAACAACCGGGUCUUCUACAUGGCACUACCACCAUCAGUCUUCAUUCCUGUCUCCGAACAUUUGAAGAAAAACAACUACCCGAAGAACGGCAUCUCUCGCAUCAUCAUUGAGAAGCCAUUCGGCAAGGAUCUGGGCAGCAGCAGAGAGCUCGACCAAGCACUGCGACCAAACUGGAAGGAGGACGAGAUCUUCCGUAUUGACCACUACCUGGGCAAGGAGAUGGUCAAGAACAUCCUCAUCCUGCGAUUCGGUAACGAGUUCUUCGGCGCAACCUGGAACCGCAACCACAUCGACAACGUUCAGAUCACCUUCAAGGAGCCAUUCGGCACUGAGGGCCGUGGCGGGUACUUUGACGAGUUCGGCAUUAUUCGCGACGUUAUGCAGAACCAUCUUCUCCAGAUCCUUACACUGCUCGCUAUGGAGCGUCCUAUCUCUUUCAGCGCCGAGGACAUCCGCAACGAGAAAGUACGCGUGCUGCGAGGCAUGCCAGCUAUUGAGCCAAAGAAUGUCAUCAUUGGCCAGUACGAGAAGUCGCUUGAUGGCUCCAAGCCAGGCUACAAGGAGGACGACACUGUACCUAAGGAAUCGCGUUGCCCAACUUUUGCCUCAAUGGUUGCAUACAUCAAGAACGAGCGAUGGGACGGCGUGCCUUUCAUCCUCAAGGCAGGCAAGGCGCUCAACGAGCAGAAGACAGAGGUUCGCAUCCAGUUCAAGGAUGUCACGUCCGGUAUCUUCAAGGACAUCCCGCGUAACGAGCUGGUCAUCCGAGUACAACCGAACGAGAGCAUCUACAUCAAGAUGAACUCGAAGCUGCCAGGCUUGAGCAUGCAGACAGUCGUCACCGAGCUCGACCUGACCUACCGAAGGCGAUUCUCGGACCUGAAGAUUCCAGAGGCAUACGAGAGUCUGAUCCUCGACUCGCUCAAGGGCGACCACUCCAACUUUGUGCGUGACGAUGAGCUUGAUGCUUCAUGGAGAAUCUUCACACCACUACUUCACUACCUGGACAACAACAAGGAGAUCAUCCCAAUGGGUUACCCAUACGGUUCCCGCGGUCCAGCUGUCCUCGACGACUUCACAUCCUCGUACGGCUACAAGUUCGCCGAUGCCGCAGGCUACCAGUGGCCACAGCACCAGAUUGAGCCAAACAAGUUGUAG